AUGACGUCAUACUGCCAUGAUGCCCUCCUGAUUGCAUUUAUGCUGCAGCGCGGGAUUAGUGCCCCACGCCGGGAUGCGACGGGUCAGGACACGUCACGGGAAACUACUCGUCGCACCGCUCGCUCUCCGGCUGCCCCAGAGCCAACAAGCCCAAACACAAGCCCAAGGAUUCUCAGGAUUCCGAGCCUCUUCGACGGCGAGGACCACACUGGUUUGGCCUCGGAGAUCUCGGAGUUGCAGAAAGAGAACGGUUCCAUGGAGGGCCACGUGAACAAAUUGCGCCAUGACGUCUCCUCUAUGGAGGCGGCUCUCAAGGUCGAGCAGAAGGAGGCGGCUGGUGCUGGUGAGCGAGGCGCGCAGCUAACCGAGUACUACGAGUCGCUGCGGAACAACGUGAUGUCGCUGUUGGAGCACGUCAAGCUGCCCGGCGGCGGCACGACGGCCCCGAACGAGCGCAUCAACCACGACAACUUUGACUCUUACCUCUCCAAGAUCCACUCUCUCUGCACCGACAAUUACUGCGAUGACAACCGGCCUCUUUACGACACCGUGCGGUCCGCUCUCCAUGAUUUCACCGUGCCCCCCACGCCCAUCUGACAUGACUAGGGGUACGCCGGGGCGGCGACCGCUCCCUCCAUGGCCACCGCGAGCGUCCCGCCCACGCAUAGCUACUUCCCCACCUCUUUCACCUCCCCGUUCUUCGGAGUGCCGCCUGUCAACACCACCAACAUGCCCAACGCGUCAGUCAUGGGCAACAACAUCAGCAACAUCAGCAGCAGCAACACGCCAACCUUCACCACCACUAGUAACACCAACAGCAGUGGCCACAACACCAGUAACGGAGCCAUGAGUGGCAGCAGGUGACGGGAGCAGUGGCCUCCCUCCCCAUCCGCCUGAUCGGGGUUUUGUACAGCGUCAUAUCGGGCUGCAAGCGUCCUUUAGGGCCUCUAGUCAAGAAAUAUUAUAUAAGACUCUCAAUGGGACACGGAUGGUCACAAUUUUUUUUUUUUUUAUUAUCAUUAUUAUCAUCUUUAUUGUUAUUAGCGGGCCAGGCUACGGUGGCCCUAGCCGGGAUCUGACACAGCCCCAGUCCGGCGGAACCACGUCGUUGGCGUCUGGCGGCUGUGUCCGGGUCCUGAAUUGCUUGGCCCUGAGGUCCCAGGCACUGCUCACCUCGUGUUGCCGUUCCCACACCGAGCUUUAACGUCUGCGAUGUUAAUGUAAAUAAUCUAAGACAAUUUUCUCUGUAAAAAGAUGUUUCUCUAGGUCAAAAAAGUCAUUUGUUGGUGUAUUUAUUAUGUAUAGACAAUUAGCUUGCAUUAACACAGUCGAGACAUAGUAUUGUGUGUGUGUAUCCAGGACGUCGACUUGUCUGCAAGCUAAGUGUCUAUUGGGCCAAGCCAGUGUGAUGACUUCAGUGUUAGAAUAGGGAGCUUCAUUUCCUUUGCAAUAAAUUUUUAUUUUUCAUUUCCUUCAGAGUGAGACGUGGAGUGUCCCUCAGUUCAGCAGUGCUUAACAGAUUCUAAAAGAUGGUCCAAAUGUCGAAUGUUUGGUGUUCUAAAUGUUAGAGAUGUCCAUUUCAUCUCUUGACAUCCGACGAGUUACAGACAAACAUUUUUUAUCUUUUAGAGUCGCUUUUGCCUCAUAAUCUAGUUCUAUUGAAAGAUAUUCUGGUUGUAAAAUAGUUGUGUUACUGUUUUAUCUAUAUUCAAACUAUAACUUCCUAGGUUUACUCAUUGCAGACUUAAGAAUGAUCUAAAACAUCCUUAUAUUCAUGACAUGAACACAACAGACACCACAGUAUUUAGCAAGCAAUAGGCCGGACACCUGGUGCCUUAUGUGUGAUCCAGGAAAACAGUGGAAGGAUCUGAACCCAAUGAACCAGCAUUUAGUUUAGAAUUACGCGUUUACUCAACAUCACACAUUGGCAGACGAUUCGGCCUCGGUCAUUCUGUAUUAUUCCCGUUGGACAAUCAAAAGAAAAGGAUAUAUAUAUAUACCCAGACAAAUAUCCAGCUUUCUGUAAAUCUUUUGGUAAAUUUGGACGCACCAGAAUCUCAAAAAUACUUAUCCUUUUCAACACUUCCAACUUCUGAGCAUAGAGUAUAAAUGUUUGUUUUCUCUCGGCAAGUACAGUCUUACAGAGCACCAUUCCAGGUAGUGAUUUACAGAUUUAUGUAUAAAGAAAGCGAAAAUAUAGGAUUUCUUUCGUGGAACUAUUUUGUAAAAUAUUUUUUUUAGUGCGGCACAUUUCUAUAUUAAUAAGAAUAUAUUGUUUUUCGCUGCUCAUGUACGGUACACUCAAACAUGAUUUUAAAUGUCAUCUAAGUUCAUGUGGCACAGGAAAAUGGAUGGGGAACCUUAUUGGCAGUGUGGCUUGUUCGAAGCCUCUGUUCUUUGGCAUUGGCCAGAAAAUAAAAGUUAAUGUGGAGAUGACAGCGAUUAGUAUAAUUUAUGUAAUGAGACAUAAGUAGAAGUAACUGGAUUUGCAGAUAACAGGAUUGUUAGUGUUGAAGUUCGGGCGUUUCUGGAUCACUUUCAAAAAACCUUCAGAGAAUCCCGCACUUCAAGAUGAGUGAGUUGUGAUUGUGCCUUCUUUAAGAAGAUACAUUUGGAAUUAUAUACAUGCAUAUAAUCAUACAUAUAUAUAUGUGA